GUUUUUGAUUCUUUAUCUUAUAAUAAAGCUAACGGGUGGUCUCCGUAUUCCUACAUCUCCUUAAAAAGAAACAAGUACAAAUAGAGAAAGAGAACACAAGCUCCAACGCACUUCCAGGGAGAGAAACAGAGAGAAAACAGAGCAACACUGAGAGAAAACAUAUUUCUUCAUCAUCAUCUCUGAAAUUCAGGAAUUCAAGCUCCAUUGCGUUGAAAACUUGAGAUUUCCGAUUGGGCCGAUAACAUGGACGGAGUAGGAGGAGAGGACUUAAUGCGUGCAAUUAGUGCACGUUUGAGCAGUUCUAACCUCUGGAAAGGCAGCGGGAGAGAGGCUUUCUCUCUCUCUUCCAGUGAAGAGCAGGAUGAAGAAGCACUGAAAUGGGCAUCCUUGGAAAAACUGCCAACAUUCGCGAGGAUAAGGACAGGAAUCCUGAGCGAAGAAGAGGGGCGAAUAAGAGAAAUCGACGUCAAGAAACUUGGGGCGAUAGAGAAGAGGAAUUUGGUGGAGAGGCUUAUGACAAUUGCAGAGGAAGGUAACGAGAAUUUCUUGCUGCAGCUCAAGGAAAGAAUCAACAGGGUUGGGAUUGCUUUUCCGAAUAUUGAAGUGAGGUUUCAGAACUUGAGUGUUGAUGCAGAGGCCUACGUCGGCGCCAGAGCACUCCCAUCAAUUUUCAACUUCUUUUUUAAUGCUCUCCAGGGAUUCUUGAAUUGUCUCCAUGUUUUACCAAGUAGGAAGAUACCAUUGGCGAUUCUCCAUGAUGUUAGUGGAAUCAUCAAGCCUGGCAGAUUGACAUUGCUUUUAGGUCCACCAAGUUCUGGAAAGACUACAUUGCUACUAGCUUUGGCUGGAGAACUUGAUCCUGAUCUAAAAGUUUCAGGAAAUAUAACUUACAACGGUCAUGGUAUGAAUGAGUUUGUCCCACAAAGGACAUCAGCCUACAUAAGCCAGCAUGACCUGCAUUUAGGAGAAUUGACAGUAAGAGAAACACUAGCUUUCUCAGCUAGAUGUCAAGGGGUCGGACAACGUUAUGAAAUGCUAACAGAAUUAUCCAGGAGAGAGAAGGAAGCCAACAUUAAGCCAGACCCAGAUCUAGAUAUUUUCAUGAAGGCAGUAUCACUAGAAGGUGAGAGGGCCAAUCUGAUGACCGACUAUAUAAUUAAGAUAUUGGGACUGGACGUUUGUGCUGACAGUUUGGUGGGUGAUGCAAUGCUCAGAGGCAUUUCUGGUGGACAAAAAAAACGAGUCACCACAGGGGAGAUGAUGGUUGGACCAGCUAGAGCGCUCUUCAUGGAUGAGAUAUCUACUGGGUUGGACAGUUCUACCACUUUUCAGAUUGUGAACUCAAUCAAGAACAGCAGUCAUAUCCUUCAAGGAACCUUUGUUAUCUCUCUCCUCCAGCCGGCACCAGAAACUUACGACUUAUUCGAUGACAUAAUUCUCCUCUCUGAUGGUCAAAUUGUUUACCAAGGCCCGCGUGAGAAUGUGAUUGAGUUCUUUGAACACAUGGGCUUCAGGUGUCCAGAGAGGAAAGGAGUGGCUGACUUCCUACAAGAAGUGACAUCGAGAAAAGAUCAAGAGCAAUACAGGGCAAGGAGAGAUGAGCCUUAUAGUUUUGUUACUGCAAGGGAAUUCGCAGAGUCAUUCAAGUUAUUUCAUGUUGGUCGGGAACUAGACAAUGAGCUUUCCAUCCCAUUUGACAAAGCCAAGAGCCACCCAGCGGCUUUAUCAACUAGGAAAUAUGGAGUUAGUAAGAAAGAACUGCUGAAAGCUCUCAUAUCCAGAGAGUACUUGCUCAUGAAGAGAAACUCAUUUGUCUACAUAUUCAAGAUGACUCAACUUGCGAUAAUGGCAUUCAUUGUGAUGACGGUAUUUUUAAGAACUAAGAUGAGCAAGGAAACAACAGAAGAUGGUGUGAUUUUCCUGGGUGCUCUCUUCUUUACUCUCCUUCUCACUAUGUUUACUGGAAUGUCGGAGCUAGCCUUGACAGUCAUGAAACUUCCUACCUUUUACAAGCAAAGGAACCUUCUCUUUUUUCCGUCUUGGGCGUUCUCAUUACCUGCAUGGAUCCUCAAGAUACCAAUGACAUUUAUGGAAGUCAGUAUUUAUGUGUUCACCACUUAUUAUGUGAUAGGUUUUGAUCCAAACGUCGGAAGGUUGUUCAAAAUGUACCUUGUGCUCUUUUGUAUUAACCAGAUGGCUUCUGGGCUAUUCCGACUCAUUGCCGGAAUAGGACGAAACAUGAUUGUGGCAAACACAUUUGGAUCAUUUGCAUUAGUUACAAUGGUUGUGUUGGGAGGAUUUGUCUUGUCAAGAGAUAAUAUAAAGAAGUGGUGGAUAUGGGGUUAUUGGGUGUCGCCUCUGAUGUAUGGACAGAAUGCUAUAGCAGUGAAUGAAUUUUUUGGACACAGUUGGAAACAAGUGCCUUUUAAUUCCACGGAAUCAUUAGGCGUGUUGGUUUUGAAGUCUCGUGGAUUAUUUCCAGAAGCACAUUGGUAUUGGAUUGGAGUAGGAGCUUUGGUUGGAUAUGUUUUCCUGUUCAAUGGCCUAUACACAUUGGCCCUAGCAUAUCUCAGCCCAUUUGAGAAGCCUCAGGCAAUUCUAUCUGAAGAAACAGUGGCCGAGAGAAAUUCCGUUAAAGCAGGAGAAGUUAUUGAGCUAUCCUCAAGAGGGAAGAGCUCUUCCGAACGAGGCGAUGAAGUUCAAACAAGUUUAUCAUCGAAAUCAAGGUCUUCAAGAAUCGGGAGCAAUAGUGAAGAUAACAAGAACAUGCAGCGAGGAAUGGUUCUACCAUUUGAGCCCCUUUCCAUCGCUUUCAAUGAUAUCAAGUAUUCAGUAGACAUGCCACAGGAAAUGAAAGCACAAGGUAUACCAGAAGACCGACUAGAACUUCUGAAAGGAGUAACUGGUUCUUUUAGACCAGGAGUUCUUACCGCACUAAUGGGUGUUAGUGGGGCCGGUAAGACCACUCUAAUGGAUGUCUUGGCUGGUAGAAAAACUGGUGGAUAUAUUGAGGGGAGUAUCUUGGUUUCCGGAUACCCAAAGAAACAAGAAACAUUUGCUCGCAUAGCUGGAUAUUGCGAGCAAACUGAUAUUCAUUCUCCUCAUGUAACAGUUUAUGAAUCUUUAACUUAUUCUGCGUGGCUUCGGUUGCCUUCUGAAGUUGAUUCCGCUACAAGAAAGAUGUUCGUUGACGAGGUAAUGGAGCUUGUUGAGCUAACCCCACUAAGGGAAGCACUUGUCGGGUUGCCUGGCAUAAGUGGUCUUUCAACCGAGCAACGCAAGAGGCUGACAAUUGCAGUUGAGCUUGUAGCCAACCCAUCGAUUAUAUUCAUGGAUGAACCAACUUCAGGACUUGAUGCUAGGGCAGCCGCAAUAGUGAUGAGAACGGUAAGAAACACAGUCGAUACAGGAAGAACUGUGGUGUGCACCAUCCAUCAGCCAAGCAUCGACAUCUUUGAUGCAUUCGAUGAGCUAUUUCUAUUGAAACGAGGAGGUGAAGAAAUAUACGUCGGUCCAUUAGGCCACCAUUCUGCACAUCUCAUCUCAUACUUUGAGGGCAUCAAUGGAGUCAGUAAAAUUAAAGAUGGUUAUAAUCCGGCUACUUGGAUGUUAGAGGUGACUUCAGUAGCACAAGAAGCAGCUCAUGGGGUCAACUUUGCUGAAGUGUACAAGAACUCAGAACUAUACAGGAGAAACAAAGAAACAAUUGCGGAACUAAGUACGCCUCCGCCAGGUUCAAAAGAUCUUUACUUUGCCACUCAAUAUUCGCAAUCUUUCUUCACCCAAUGUAUGGCAUGCCUAUGGAAACAACACCUAUCAUACUGGCGAAACCCACCAUAUACCGCAGUGAAAUUCUUUUUCACAACUAUCAUAGCUUUGAUGUUUGGGACAAUCUUCUGGCAGCUUGGCUCCAACAGGGGAACACAACAAGAUAUAUUCAAUGCAAUGGGUUCUAUGCAUAGUUCUGUUCUUUUUCUUGGUAUACAAAAUGCCACGUCGGUGCAGCCAGUAGUUGCUGUUGAGAGAACAGUUUUUUAUCGGGAAAAGGCAGCUGGAAUGUACUCAGCUUUACCGUAUGCAUUUGGACAGGUUGUGAUUGAGCUCCCAUACAUUCUUGUGCAAAGUGUCAUAUAUGGAGUCAUAGUCUACAGUAUGAUUGGAUUUGAGUGGACAACAGACAAAUUCUUUUGGUACCUGUUUUUCAUGUAUUUCACCUUAUUAUACUUCACAUUCUAUGGGAUGAUGGCAGUAGCUGUAACUCCAAACCAAAGUAUCGCAGCCAUAGUCGCUUCUGCCUUCUAUGCUAUAUGGAACCUCUUCUCCGGCUUUAUAAUUCCUAAGACGAGGAUUCCGGUGUGGUGGAAGUGGUACGUCUACAUUUGCCCCGUCUCUUGGACUUUGUAUGGAUUAUUAGCUUCACAGUUUGGAAACAUUCAGACCGAGCUUGACACGGGUGAAACAGUGGAAUAUUUUGUGCAAACGUACUUUGAUUUCAAGCAUGAUUUUGUGGGAUAUGUCGCUAUAAUCGUUGUUGGGUUCACUGUGCUCUUUGCGUUCUUAUUUGCCUUCUCAAUUAAGGCAUUUAACUUUCAGAGAAGAUAAUAACAAUGUAAGAGAAUAACAUCCUCAAGUUCUGUGCAAUGACCAUAUUAUGUAACCUCAAUGCAAUGACCAUAUUAUGUAAGUUCUGUGCAAUGACCAAAAGAACUUCGAGCAGUUAUUUUGGACAUUUUGUUGCACUCCAUAAUUUGUGAAGAUUUUAUUUAAGUGUAUUUGUUACUUUGGAUACC